AUGCCUAAGACAACCGUAAUUAUCACCGUUGACGGAUAUGACCCCGAAUACAUAGAGGCCUGCGAAGCGCCGAACCUGAUGGCACUGGCGCAACAGGGCUUCUACCGUGUCGGGAAGUCGAUGAUGCCGUCGGUGACCAACGUGAACAACGUGUCCAUAGUGACCGGCGAGUACCCAUCGGCACACGGGAUAAGCUCCAACUACAGGAUGGUGCGCGAGACGGGCGAGGACAUCUACAUGGAGUCCAGCGAGUACAUCCUGUCGGAGACGCUGUUCCAGCGCGCGAGCAAGAUGGGCGCCAGGACGAUCCUUUCGACCUCGAAGGACAAGCUGCGCACGCUGCUGUCCGACGGCGCGGACGUGGCUAUCUCGUCGGAGCAGGCGCCGGUUUGGGCGGUCAAGGGCGUGGGAGAGCCGCCUCCGAUCUACUCGCUGGACGUCAACGGCUGGACCAUACGAGCGGCCAGCCACGCGAUGAAACUCGAAUCUGCCGACAUCGUCUAUAUCUCGACUACCGACUUCGCCAUGCACACCUACGCGCCCGACGAGCCGGAGUCGCAGCAGCAUAUCUCUGUGCUGGACGAUGCCAUUGGUGAGCUCGUGGACGCGCAUCCCGAUGUCACGCUGCUGCUGACAGCGGACCACGGGAUGAACCCGAAGAAGCGCAUGGUGGACCUCGCGUACGCGCUUGCCGCGAAAGAGAUCGGCGCGGAGGCGGUGCCCAUCAUCAAGGACCGCUACGUGGUGCAUCACAACAACCUCGGCGGCUGCAUGUUCAUGUAUCUUCACUCCCGCGACGCGUCGCGGACAGACGAGGCAGCCGGCAUUCUGCGCGAGACCCCUGGCGUGGAGCGCGUGUACAGCCGAGAAGGAGGCUGCGGACGAGCUUCGGUUGAACUAUGA